GUGGACAAAAACAGGUUCUUCAAAGCAUACAAGGCAGCACUACAAGCAGCGGCCCAUCAAUCGUGGAAAGACCAUACGACAUAUAUAUUCGACGAAACGAAAGUGAACGCUUACUAUGCAACAAACUUGAACACAAUGGUGAUCCCCGCAGCUGUGCUUCAACAUCCGUUUUUUAAUGUGGGAAGUCCUCCGGCUUUGAACUACGGCAGCAUUGGCAUGACAACUGCUCACGAGAUUAUGCACGGUUAUGACGUGGAUGGGAGCGAGUAUGAUGCGGACAACCAAGUUCGAAAAUGGACAACGCCCAAGUUCCUGAAGACGUACACAGAAAGAGUGAUUUGCAUUCGAGACUCACACAAAACAGUCGAAACGAGGAGAGCCCGGCAGGCUGACCUUGACGCAAUCAUCGACUCAGAGAACCUGGCUGACAUUGUGGGCGUCGCCAUCGCUCACGCAGCCUUCGCUUCGUUACCCCUUGCUGAGCGAAAUGUGACGCUACCGGGCCUCAACCUGACGGCCGAGCAUCUAUUCUUCAUUAGUCACUGUGCGAAGUGGUGUGAGAGCGAGCGUGUGAUUGUAGAAAGAUAUGCCCCGGGCCGCUCUCGCUGCAUCGUGCCCCUCAUGAACAUGGCCGCAUUCUCGGAGGCAUUCCAAUGUGCGCCAAACACACCCAUGAACCCAUCAAAGAAGUGCUCUUUUUGGUAGUGACGUCGCUUAGUGUCACUUAUGCUCUUCUUUUGUUUAUUUUUCUUCUUCUAGUUACGUAUUAUGGAUAUCGCAUGUUAUUUGAAUUAUUAUGUCGAGGGCUUCUAAUUUUUUUGAGCACACGUUUUUUUCUUAUUCUAUUACGGCGCUGCAAUGUCAUUCUUUUUUUGCUGAUAUAUAGACCUGGUCCAAAAGAAAAAGGAGGGGCCAGCCGCACGAAACUAACUUAACUUUCUCACUUCGCACGUUGGUCUGCCCUUGCAGAAAGGGGAAGUGAAUUCAUUUUGCCCUCGUGUUUCAGCUUUGGGAUCCGAUACACUGACACAAGUGUGGGAGACGUUAUAGAAAAAAAAUUCAAAAAAACACGACGACACUUCAGUGAGGGUGACACUAACGCUUCUGCUGGGUAAAUACGUAGCCUUAUUUUACAUUCUUACAGUGACGACAUGUUCAUAUAUGACCGAACAUUGUCUUUACGCUGUUUACGCUCAUUUAUAUUUUACUGCAUGACAUGUGCGAAAUAU